AUGUUCGUAGAACCGGUGGAUCCCGUGAAGCUCAAGAUCGUGGACUACUUCCAGUAUGUGAAGAAUCCUAUGGCCCUCAAUGAUGUCGCGGGCAAGCUAUCUCACAACCCAGCCAAGGGGAGCUUCCGGAAAUAUAAGGACGUGUACGAGUUCCGGGACGACAUGCGGCAGAUCUGGGAAAAUUGCCGCCUCUACAACCCCAUCGGCCAGCCAGUGCGGACCAACGGGGACUGGAUGAGCGAGUACUGGGAGAAGAAGUGGGCCAUCUCUGGCAUAGAGCAGAAGUGGGAGGAAGAGCAGCUCAGGCAGCGUCAUGAAGAAACGAUGCUGGCUGGCGGGCCUGAACUGCCUCACCACAUGGAAGAAAUGGACAGGGAGCUGCGCAUGCUGCAGCAACAGGAUGGUGAGGUGGCGGCGCCUGGCAACAGGCCGAUGACCUUUGAGGAGAAGCGCAGGCUGAGCCAGGGGCUGGGAUCGCUGUCUGGCGACAAACUGGGCCUCGUCAUGGAGAUCAUUGCAGAGUGCCAGCGCAUUGACCAGGAGGCGGAGGUGGAAGUGGACAUAGAUGACCUGAACCAGGAUACGCUGUGGCGGCUCAAUGCGCUCGUGACCGACAUGUCCAUAGGCCGCGUCCUCGACACGGGUGGUGCAACCAUGCGUGAAGGCGGAGAUGGCGCCGGGGGCGCCAACCAUGAGGGUGGGGCAGGGCCGAGGGCGAGGCAGGAGGACAAACAGCAGGAGUCUGCAGAGGCACCGCUGGAGCGCAGUGGGCAUGGCAUGAGCGGCCAAGGGGACUCUGAGGCUGAGGCAUCUGACUCGCAAGGAGAAGUGGGCUCAAAGCAGCUGGCGGGCUCCACUGCAAAUCAUGGCACCAAAGUGCAACAAAGCCAUGCCGGGGACGGCAUGGAUUUCGUGUCAGCCACUGUCCCGCGACAACAGCCGCAAAUCAUUAAGAACAUGGCCAACAAAAAGGAGGUGACUUUGCAGAAUGCCAAUGCAUGGGCGACGCUGACAGACAAGCCGGAUGACGAGGGCGGGGGUGGCGAUGGCGAUGCAGAGGGUGAGGAAGGCGAGGAGGGCGGCGAUGAGGGCAACAACCUCUGGGACCAGUUCAAGACCCUUGAGGAGCAACAGCAGCAGCAGGAGGAGGACAAGAAGGUGGAGGAGGAGCGGAAAAGGAAGGAGAGGGAAGCUGCCGAGGAGGCCGCCGCGCGCGAAGCCGAGGAGCGCCGCGCUGCGGCUGAAGCCGAGGCCGAAGCACAGCGCGCAGCUGAGAGGGAAUUGGUAGAGCAGGAGCGGCGCGAAAUCGAGGAGCAGCGCGCAAAGGAGGUUGCCCAGCUGCAGCGGUUUGUCACUCGGGCAGAGUUCAGAUUGGAGACAAUGAGCAUUGGACUGUCUGGCGCUGCUGGGAGCACCUGGUCUAUUUUAGCUGCCCUAGCAUCUGAGUGGGGGGCGGUGCUGCCGCACAACAAAUGGAACGUGUGCACUGAGCAGGAGAACCUGGAGAAGCCGUCGACCUUCCGAGAGGAGCAGGAGCUGUUCACGGGCACCGACCACAACGCCCUCGGAGACGUGUUCGGCCUGCAGCUCAAGGGAGGCGACGACGACGACGAGGACUUUGGGGAUGACGAUGAUGACGAUGAUGCAGAGGACGGAGAAGUCUGA